AUGGAGAAAUCAUUUGUUGGGAAAUUCGUGGUGAUUCAUUUCUUCAACAACUUAUUCAAUAUUGUUAGAGAUCCAGGUAAGAAAAGUCAACGGAUAAGAAUUCAUCAACACAUAGCGCGAGGUUGUGAACAGGCUGGAAAAAAUCACAGAUACCUGAAAGCGAUGAGUGCUCUUGUAUGUAUAUUAAUUAUAGUGCGCAUGAUUUUCAUGAAUCAUGUGCGAGAAUAG